CAAAGAAUAUUAAAGAAAAACAACAAAACCGUAGCAGCAACAGACACGAAAAUGAAGGGCAGACAGCUUCGGCGAAGGUUCAGCUUACAACCGUCUUUCAUGAAAGAUGACAGUAUCGAUGAAAAGCACAAGAGAGAUAAAACGGACAAGCACGACGCAGACGAACCAAGGUCAGCAUCGCAUGUGAGGCACAAAAUUGUCGUAUUGGGAGCAGCGAAAGUCGGCAAAACGUCGCUAAUAACGCAAUUUUUGUACAAUUCCUUCUCGCCAAAGUACAAGCGGACCAUCGAGGAGAUGCAUCACGGCAAUUUUUCGGUGUCUGGUGUGAAUCUAACGUUAGAUAUUUUAGAUACAUCUGGAACUUAUGAGUUUCCGGCGAUGCGGGCAUUGUCAAUAUCAUCUGCGGAGGCAUUCAUUCUCGUGUAUGACGUCACGGAUAGCACAACUUUCGACGAAGUUCGAGCGACACGGGAUCAGAUUCACGAAAUCAAAGGAACACAACAAGUGCCGAUGGUCAUAGUUGGUAAUAAAAUCGAUUUAGUAGAAGACGACACGAAUUUAAGACAGGUUGAUCGUGAUUUAACAGAAUCCGUUGUAACGGUCGACUGGGAAAGUGGUUUCGUUGAAUCCUCCGCCAAAGCCGGCACAAAUGUCUCGCAAAUCUUCAAAGAAUUAUUGACACAGGCGAAAAUCACGUACAAUCUGAGUCCAGCAUUGCGAAGACGUCGUCAAUCGUUGCCGCCGCAUCAGGGACCAAAUGGGCAUCAUGGGACCCCCACGCAUACGCCGCCCGUUCCCGCAAGUCAUGUUCCGUCGUUGGCCCAGCUGCAGCACUUGCAACGCAUACAGGAGCAGAAUAUUGGCGGCAAGCGGAAUUCUUGCGUAAUUUCUUAAUAAAUUUGGAAACUCAAACGUAAU